GACGAGAGUCUGGAAAGAAAACUUUCCCCUGGACAAUGUCGAAACCUUGCGCUCCCCAGAAGCCAGUCAGAAACAGUUUGAUAGAUGAUGCUAAGGCCUGCUUGAGAAAGCAUGAUGUUGGGACCAAAUAUUCUCACUUGUCGUAUAACAAAUGUUCCAUCCUUUUGCCGUUGUUGGCUAAAGAGGGAAAACUCCAUCUGUUGUUCACCCUCCGGUCAGAGAAGCUAAGAAGGUCACCUGGAGAAGUUUGCUUCCCCGGAGGAAAGAGUGAGCCAGCAGACAAGGAUGACAUAGCCACGGCUCUCCGGGAAGCCCAGGAGGAGGUGGGGCUGCAUCCUCAUCAAGUGGAGGUCGUCUGCCGCCUGGUGCCAUAUCUGAUUGAUAGAGAUACAUUGAUAACCCCAGUUGUGGGUUUUAUAGACCACAAUUUCCAGGCCCAGCCGAAUCCCGACGAAGUUAAGGCAGUGUUCCUGGUGCCUCUGGACUAUUUCCUGAGCCCUCGUGUCUACCACCAGCACCAUGUCACGCGUCAUGGCCACCAUUUUGUCGGCCAUCACUUUGUGUACACAAACCCUGAGGAUGAUGUGACUUACCACAUCAGGGCUAUAACUGCACGUUUUGCUGUGUUGGUUGCCUUAAUUAUUUUGAGGAAAAAACCCACCUUUGAGGUUGAAUUUAAUCUCAAUGAUUUAAUAUCAUCCUCUGAAGAGUCUUUCCUGAAGCUUUAUAAAAAUGCUACAAGCAAGUUAUGAUUUAUGAGACCAACUUACAAAUAAUUAUCCAGGAGGUUUUUGUGUGUGCUUACCCACAGAACGAUGAUAAUGCCAGCUGGUGGAAUUUGACAGAUGUGAAUAUUUUCUCUGUAAUAAGAAGAUAAAAAUCAUCCCUUUUUUCCAGUUGCCUUCUAUUAUCUGAAAGAGCAAAACAGUUUCAAAAGUAGAAAAAUGUGUUUCUAGUAUUAAAAAAUGUCACCCACAA